CCAUUGGAAUUUGGAGGCCAUGAAGAAGAUGGUGAUGCUCCACACAUAGAAGAUUGUUCAAUUCGCUAGCUCAUAUAUUCUUCAAUACAACAACCCUGUUGGCUAUAUUGUUAGCUUGAGCUUGAAGCUUUCAAGUAUAUAUAUAAAACAAAUGGAAGAACAGUAUGAGAUAAUUAAAGAUAUAGGGUCAGGGAACUUUGGGGUAGCAAAGUUGGUAAGGGAGAAACGGAGUGGUGAGCUCUAUGCUGUCAAGAUCAUUGAGAGAGGCCUAAAGAUUGAUGAGCAUGUUCAAAGGGAGAUUAUAAAUCAUAGGUCCCUGAAACAUCCCAAUAUCAUUAGAUUUAAAGAGGUGUUGUGUACUCCAACUCAUUUAGCUAUAGUCAUGGAAUAUGCUGCAGGGGGAGAACUAUUUGAAAGAAUAUGCAACGCUGGUAGAUUUUGUGAGGAUGAGGCAAGAUAUUUCUUCCGGCAAUUGAUUUCUGGAGUCAGCUAUUGUCAUUCAAUGGACAUUUGCCAUAGAGAUCUUAAGCUGGAAAACACACUUUUAGAUGGAAGCUUAGCACCCCAACUCAAAAUAUGUGACUUUGGUUACUCCAAGUCAUCUGUUCUGCACUCCCAGCCUAAAUCUACCGUGGGAACUCCAGCAUAUAUUGCACCGGAAGUAUUGUCAAGAAGAGAAUAUGAUGGAAAGGUUGCUGAUGUUUGGUCUUGUGGGGUAACCUUAUAUGUGAUGCUAGUUGGUGGUUAUCCUUUUGAAGAUCCAGAUGACCCACGAAACUUCAGAAAAACAAUUCAGCGAAUUCUUAGUGUCCACUAUUCUAUUCCAGACUACGUUCGUAUCUCGAAAGAUUGUAGACAACUUUUGUCUCGAAUAUUUGUGGCUAACCCCGAGAAGAGAAUCCCCAUCCCAGAAAUUAAAGUGCACCCGUGGUUCCUUAAUAACAUGCCAUUGCCAAUGGAACUUAUGGAUGAAGGGGAAGGUAAGUUGCAAAAUGAUGUGAGUGAUGUGGAUGAUUCAUCUCAGAGCAUUGAAGAAAUACUGUCCAUAAUUCAAGAGGCUCGGAAACCAGGUGAGGGACCAAAAAUUGGUGGACAGUUUGUUGGAGGAAGCAUGGACCUUGAUGAGAUGGAUUCAGAUGCUGACUAUGAUGAUAUAGAAGCAAGUGGGGAUUUUGUUUGUGCAUUGUGAGUGUUACUAAGACUUCACAUUUUACCUUGCUGACCAAUUGACUUCAUGGGAAAAAGAAAAAGAAAAAGAAGCUUUAAGACAAGAUGUUUUUUUGGUCCGAAUCAAAAGCUCUCUUCAAUUGUCUUAUCUCUGCCUAAUGUUUAGAAUAAGGGAAUUUCAUCUCUUUCUUGCAUUCUGUACUUGGCAAAAAUUCCAUGUCUUAUGUUAAUAUAUAAUAUUGGUCUCUGUUACCAUGA